GGACAUCGUCCGUACUCGAUCGAGUUCAAAGGUUACCCGAUAGGUGCAAGACCGACAGCGACUUGUUUGCAUUAUUAUUGGCUCGAUCGCAGUCGCAUUAUGAGCAGAUCAAUUUUAGAUAGCGGAAACAAGAAUAUUUGAAUCCACGCAGGAAUCACCUCCUCCAAAGUAGGUCCUGGCUUUCUUGACACCAGUCCAACAGUCAGUCUCUGAGUCUGAGAGUUUUUGCAAACCAACAUCUUAGUAGCAUAUUGCCUACUGGCUGCCGUGGAUGGUCACUCGUCAUCUGAUUCGUCGAAAUAUUCAGUGUACCAAUAGUCCAUUGCAGGUUUUGAUAAUUGGAAUACUGGGCGAGUGACUGAAUGAGUGUGCUGCUGCCAAAGCAAUGCACAAUGAACAACUUGAAAACGGGCAUUACUUUCCUGGAAUCUGCUGCAGCAGAGAAGGUGAGAUCAUCGUGUAGGUUUACAUCGCUAGAGACAUGCGUGGAGCAACUACUGUACAGCAGUUUGGAACGGAGUGCAACUUAUGUGCACAUCAGCCUCAUUUGCCAUGAUCGUGUGCAUUUGAGAAUCAAAGAUGAUGGGAAAAAGCUGCGACUGGGUUCUUGCAAUCCAGCACUGGAUCCAGUUCCAGCACAAGCACAGGCCACUUCCAAGCAACACAUGGGAAACGGCUUCGGUGAAGAUCUCUCACUGCUCUCCUUCAUCGCUGAUGCUGUUUGUGUGAAGUCAAUGGGAAUUGAUGGUAGAGAGGAAAGUACCGUUUUGAAACAGGGAGCAAGGUGUAAUGCUGACAGCUAUUCCAAAUUCAUCUGGCCUAAGGUACCACGAGGUUCAGCUGGCGGUACAGAUAUCACGAUUCAGGGCCUGUUCAGCACAAUUCCCGUACGGCAGAAAGAUUUGGUCGAGAGUUUUGGGAGACAUUGCCGUUCGGUCCAGUCUUCUAUUGCACAUAUCUCACUGUGCUAUCCAAAAGCUACGUUUGUAGUGACUGAGAUUGCAUGUGACGGCUUAGCUCAGAAGACGAGUCUUGUGCUGAGAGGUGUAUCAUCACUGGAAAAGAGGCUAAAACAAGCUAGUGUGGUCCCAGCUAACUGUCCUAAAUUGCAUCGCAUCCGAGAAAGCCAGAUUGGAUCCAUUUCCUUGCAGGGCAUUAUUGGUUGGCCGGUUGAGAAGCAGCAUGAUUUCCAUGCCCUCUUUGUCAAUGGUCGCCUACUUGAUGCAGGGGACAAAGAUCACAUAUCCUUCUUGUCUUAUCUGAGACGUGGCUUGAACAAAGACACAGAUAUGAUGACACUAGGGACCAACAAUGAAGCAAUUCUUUAUGUUCUGCUUUUAUCUGAACCGAAGGCUUGCCAGACUGCCAAUGAGAAUGAUUCUUCAUUUAACCGUCUGCACCGCAAAGUCGCGUCUUCACUGUCAUAUAUGAUCAGAGGUAUGAUUGCCAAAUCUUCCGGUCUUAGCACAAGUAUUUUAACAGAGAAAUCCACAAGCCAUCAACACCUCGAGCUUCCACUAGCACAGUACACAUCUGGGCUGCGGUUGGCAGUGAACAAUGCCUCCUCCAUCGGCUCAGAUCAAUUUGGUUGUGCAUCGCACCGUGCAACCAGGCCUCACCAGCAAUCACACAAUCCACAUGCGCCGCUGAAAGAAACGCAAAGCAAAUCAGUAAGAUCCACUGCAUCAGUAAACAUGUCUCCAGCAAGCGAAUUAGAUAAUGAUGAGAAAGAAAAUCAUCAGCAAAGCAGCAUCUGGGCGAAGGUGGUUGAUGAAUAUGGACAUGUCUCCUUUCUCAACAAGCUGACUGGUUGUAGUCAAUUGACAAUUCCUCGUGCAGCACAGCACUCAACACCUAGUACAGCCAGUGGGUCAGAUAUCUUGUGGUCACGUACCAAUAGCAGUGCUGACAGCAUACGCGCCUAUUCAAAUUCAUGCAAGGAUCUGCAUCCUGGAUCAGCAAGCACUCCCGUGGCUAGAGGGGAUCUGCAAAAUCCUCUCUUGUCACCCCCACUCACUAGUACUGGAAGGUCAAGUUCUCGUGUUCGGAGUGAUCCACAACUGAAUUCUGGAAAGAAGGCAAGCCUGGCUGGUAUUCUGGAGUCGUGGCAGAAUCCGACAUUUGGUACAUCCUCCAAGAAACUGGUGCAGCCCGUUGCAAACAUAUCUUCCAGAGCUUUGUCUGCGGCAUCCAAGUUGUCUAAGGCAUCCCUCCAUGACAUUGAAGUAAUAGGUCAAGUCGACAACAAGUUCAUAGCUUGCCUAUGGCAAGAGGCAGACCUGACUACAAAGAAAGUUGUCCUGGUUGAUCAGCAUGCUGCUUCUGAACGUGUGCAACUGGAAGAGUUGGAGAAAGGAAUGAUCACAUCUGUUCCUUGUGGUUGUGGUGGCAUUGUGACGCGUAACAAGAACUCUAGCAAGUCUAGCAUACCGGCGGCGCUAGGCCACUGUUCCAUGGUCAAGUCUACUCCAGUUCCAUGCAUCAGCAUCCAUGUUCCUGGCACAAUGGUACCAUGCUCAACCCAAGUACUAAGAAAUUACCUUCUUCAUCAUGGCGUUCAGGUCGCUGCUUGCAAUAUUGACAGUCAGCAAUAUCAGCUGUCCAUUGUUGGUGUUCCUGACCUUCUCCUAACAAGACUACGUUCCGACGACCCACAACUGAGCAAAGCUGUUCAAGAGCUGGUACUGGAGGGGAUCCAGUUCUUACGCGAUGGAGUUUUCUGCAAUCGGACAGCAACCUUGACGGAGUUGUUAGCAUCUCUUUCAUGUCAUAGCGCCAUUCGUUUCGGAGACUGUUUGUCGAAAGAAGAGUGUUGUGAGCUAAUCAAGAGUCUGUCAAAAUGCAACUUACCCUUCCAGUGUGCCCAUGGACGGCCCUCGAUCAUACCAAUAAUGGACAUUACAGAAUUGGAACUCAACUCGUUGGGUGUUGUCUACAAGCAACCCAGCUUGCGCAAGCUCUAUCAGCUCACGCCCAAGUGACAAGCCAAACUCUGAUGGAGGGAAUUGUCCAGAUAUGCUCGCUCGAGUUUCCAAAUUUUAUGAACAAUCAAACAGUUUUCAUGUAC